AUGCCCAUGGCCAUUUCACAGAUUGUUGCAAAUAUGCCAUCCAGAAGGCCUCACAAGCACUGCUGUAAAGUAUGCAGCAAGAAAUUCCUUUCAGGGAAAGCUCUUGGAGGCCACAUGUCGUGCCACCGGCAUGCUGGCAAGCAGCCAAAGGGCACACCUAGCCCUCCUGCCAUUGUCGUCGAUCUGCCUGUGUUGCUGCUGGGUCCCAGUGAUGAGAAGCCUUCACCGUCAUCUUUGGAAUCUCAAUGCCUGCACUGCUCAAAGGUGUUCUCUUCCUGCCAAUCUCCUAGGGGGAACAUGGGGAUGCACAGUGAGAAGAAGGUGAUGGCCAAGCCUGAUGAAGAACCUGAACCAGCUGGGUUGAUGGAAGCUUGGGCCAAUGCUAAUGGUGAUCACGGGCACAAUGUGAUGCUAUUUUCUCCAGUGAAGCGUAAGCGAUCAAAGAGGGGGAUGCCAGUCCUCAAUUCAGAGAUGAAUGCUGCAGCUGCUCUCUUGAUGCUUGCAGAGCAUUCUGACAAGACUUCUGCUUAUGAGGAUUGCUGUGGGGGAGAUAAGGAUGACAACAUUUCAACACCCAUGGUGUUGAAGGAGGUAAAUCUGAAUGCUUUUCAGCAGCUGGAUCAAUCUGAUGAGUUCACAAACAGUGCGAGGCUGAAAUCUGACAAGAAUCCAGCUUAUGAGGGUUUCUAUGAACACUGUGAGAAGGAAAACAGUUUGAAUUUGGUCGCUGAUGCUCCCAAGAAGGAAGUGUUGCUGGAUCUGUUUGAUUAUGAGAUGGAUGUAGAAGCUGAGUUCAUGAAGCCAGGGGCUGACAUUUCAGUCGAGGAUUUGAAGUCCAGUUUGAAUUUGGUUGCUGAUGCUCCCCAGAAGGAAGUGCUGCUGAAUGUGUUUGAUCAUGGGAUGGAUGUAGAUGCUGAGUUCAUGAAGCCAGGGGCUGACAUUUCAGUUGAGGAGUUGAAGUCCAGUGACCUUUCAGCUGCAAUGAACAGCAAGAGGCACCAGUGCAAGGGGGCUGCAUUUUCGGUGGAGUUGGAAUCAAGUGACAUUUCAGCUGCAGUGAAUGUCAAGAAACACCAGUGCAAGAUAGUAGAGAUUUUGAUACUGAUACUUUCUUCUCUUGGUCAACAAAUUUUACUGGAUAGGAAGGCAAGGAUCUUAAGUCACUGCCUGGUUGCGGAACAGUGUAGCAGGCCAAAAGGACUUGUGAAGGCAGAGGGGACCUCACUAAUAUAUCCAGGAUGUGAACUCUGGUGUUGGCACAAGGGGAAUCAAAUCAGCAACAAGGUCCACGGCAAAGAUGCAGGAGCCGAGGAAGAAGAAGAGCUUGUUAGGGUCUUCCGGGUGGAGCAGCGCAAGCGCAGGGACGCUCCCCGGCAACAUGAUGUCCAGGUAGCUCUCGUCGGCCCAGACGUCGGCCAAGGCCACGUGGCGCUCGGGAUUCCAUUUCCCCGACGACUAGACGAGCGCCCACGUGCUCACCACCGGCGCGUCGGGGCUGCCAUGGAUCUGCACGAACCUCAGCAUCCCGCCGCUCACCCUCACGCAGCGGUGAGCGCCGCCGUUUGCAGAAAGCACCGGCAGCUGGUCGCCGACUGA